AUGCCGCCAAGGAUAGCUGGGCGACCCCGAGGAAGAGGAAGAGGACGUGGUAGAAGGCCGCACCCUGAGCCCGAAAGACAACACGUAAACCCUCCGCCACCAUCUCCACCUCGAUCACUUUCGCCUCCACUUGCCCCGACAGUGGACAGGACUGUCGUUAACACCUUUCUGAAAAAGAAGCCGCCAACGUUUGACGGAAAAGGCGACCCCACUGAAGCGGAAUCGUGGAUACGUGCGCUCGAGCGCCUGUUUGACUUACUGCAAUGCACAGACGAUGAGCGUUUGGUUUGUGCCUCACUCCAACUGACUGGGUCAGCAGAUUAUUGGUGGGAAGCCCGCAAAAAGAUAAUGACCCCGCAGCAGCUAGAGGACCUAACUUGGGAUCAAUUCAAGACAGGAAUCUACGACAAAUACAUCCCCAAGAGCUAUAAAAAGCAGAAGGAAACAGAGUUCUAUAACUUGAAACAGGGACGAAUGUCAGUGACAGAAUAUGAUCGCACUUUCUUUGACCUGUCCAGGUACGGAGCUGAUCAAGUGGAUACGGAUGAAAAGAUGUCCGAGAAAUUUUGUGCUGGCUUGAGGCACGAAAUAAGAGUAGCAUUGGCUAGCCGUGGCGGACUACCAUAUUCCGAAGCUCUAAAACUGGCCUUAGACAUUGAAGCUGCAUUGCCUAAAGAAAGACCUGCACCCAACCCUACAAAUAUGUCACUGCAGACCUCGUCCCAAGCCCCAAGGGACAAAAGGAAGUGGGAAGGAAACCAGAACCAGUGGGGACAAAAGAAGCCAUGGCAUGGACCACCCCGCCCACAAAACUUUGCAAGGCAGCCUAUCUUUAAACCGACAGGAAUCACUCAACCAAGGCCCAAUCUUUGUCCCAAAUGUAACAAGCCCCACAGCGGAAUCUGCAGGGCCGGAGAAAUGACUUGUUAUACUUGUGGAAAGUAUGGCCAUAUCGCCAGGAACUGUCAAAAUGGACCUCAGAGAAGGAGUGCACCAGCUAACCAGCCAGCACAACGUCAACACCUGCGAGCUCUACAUGCAGACACCCAGAACCACCAGGCCCCUCAUCCACAACGACCGAGCCUCUCAACACAAGCUAGGGCAUAUGCAUUGGGGCGAAACCAACAGAGCAACAACCAUGGGAAUCUGGCAGGUAUGGGCACCCUACUGAACGUACCUAUUGUCCUAUUGUUUGAUACUGGUGCUUCGCACUCCUUCAUAUCAACCUCGUGUGUAAGCACUUUAGAACUCACACCAGAACCAGCCGAACCUAGAGUAACGGUGUCCUCACCAGUAGGAGGAGUUAUAGAAAUCACACAAAAGUGCUCGAACCUAGAAAUCACGCUCGGAGAACGUAAGGUUAUUGCUAAUAACUUGGGGGUCAUGAAAAUGGAAGAUGUCGAUAUUAUACUAGGGAUGGAAUGGUUGGCCAAGAACCACGCCACCAUCAAGUGCAGUGAAAGACAUAUUUCCUUUCAAACUCCGGGAGAAGGGAAAGUUGAGCUCCAUGGAAUCACUAUGAACAAGCGCAAAUCCAUAAUUUCGGUCCUACAAGCAGCCGCGCUGGUGAAAAAAGGGUGUCCCGCCUACCUCGUCUACUUAAGCGAAGAACAUAAUGAAGAAAAGAAGAUUGAGGAUGUGGAUAUUGUACGUGAAUUUCCAGACGUGUUUCCUGACACGCUGCCCGGGUUACCCCCAGACAGACGACUGGAAUUCACCAUCGAUUUGGAACCAGGAGCCGCGCCAAUUUCAAAGGCGCCAUACCGAAUGGCCCCAAAGGAACUGGGAGAACUGAAACUACAACUGCAAGAACUUUUAGACCUGGAUGUACCCAAGACAGCUUUUCGCACCAGGUACGGUCACUAUGAGUUCGUAGUAAUGCCUUUUGGAUUGACCAAUGCCCCUGCGGUGUUCAUGGAUUUGAUGAAUCGCAUAUUUCACCCAUAUCUCGACAAAUUCGUCCUGGUCUUCAUAGACGACGUCCUCAUCUACUCGAGGAAUAGAUCGGAACACGCUGAGCAUCUAAGAACUAUCCUCGAAACGUUGAGGACCGAGAGACUCUAUGCUAAAUUCAGCAAGUGCGAGUUUUGGCUCAAUGAGGUUAAUUUUCUUGGACACAUAGUAACGGCAGAAGGAAUUCGGGUAGAUCCAGCAAAGGUAGAGGCCGUACAAAACUGGAAAUCACCAACCAACCCGAACGAAAUUCGGAGUUUUCUAGGACUGGCUGGCUACUACAGAAGAUUCAUCGAAGGGUUCUCCAAGAUUGCCAGGCCAAUGACGCAACAACUCAAAAAGGGCAUCAAGUUUGUGUGGACCCCUGAAUGCGAAGCUAGCUUCCAACUGCUAAAAGAGAAAUUAACCACCGCCCCCGUGUUAGCCGUGCCAGAACCAGGAACAAAUUACGUGGUCUACACAGAUGCUUCGAAAAAUGGACUCGGAUGCGUUCUAAUGCAGAACGGGAAGGUGAUAGCUUAUGCGUCGAGACAACUCCGACCCCACGAACUGAACUACCCCACUCAUGAUCUGGAAUUAGCAGCCGUAGUGCAUGCACUGAAAAUUUGGAGACACCACCUAUAUGGGGUUAGAUGUGAGAUUUUCACUGACCACAAGAGUCUAAAAUACUUCUUCGAACAAAAGAAUCUAAACAUGCGGCAGAGGAGAUGGCUCGAGCUGGUGAAGGAUUACGAUUGCAGCAUAAACUACCAUCCGGGCAAGGCAAAUGAAAUGGGCACGCGAUUAAACUUCAGCACCGCAUUCCACCCCCAGACUGACGGGCAAUCCGAAAGGACAAUUCAAACUCUGGAAGAUAUGUUGAGGGCUGUCGUACUCGAUAGAGGAGAAAACUGGGAAUCCAUCUUGCAUCUGAUAGAGUUUGCCUAUAAUAAUAGUUAUCAAGCCACCAUCGACAUGGCACCUUAUGAGGCACUAUAUGGAAGAAAAUGUCGGUCUCCACUCUAUUGGGACGAAGUAGGGGAGAGAAAGGUAUUAGGCCCAGAAUCCGUGGCGGAGAUGAUUGAAAUCGUGAGACGAAUCCGGAGUCGAAUCAAGGAAGCGCAAGACCGACAAAAAUCCUACGCCGAUGAGCGUCGAACGGAUUUGAAAUUUAACAUCGGAGAGAAAGUCUUUUUGAAAGUAUCUCCUUCCAAAGGGAUAACCAGAUUUGGACUCAGAGGAAAGCUGAAACCACGGUUUAUUGGACCCUAUGAAAUUCUGGAAGAAGUGGGCCCGGUAGCAUAUCGUUUGGCAUUACCACCCAAUUUUUGUAAUGUGCACCACGUAUUCCACGUCUCCCAACUUCGGAGGUACGUGUUCGACCCGAAGCAUGUCAUUCGUCACGAGGAAAUCGCUUUAGAACCUGACCUGAGCUACGAAGAAAAGCCGAUAGAAAUACUAGACCGAAAGGUGCAACAGCUUCGGAACAAGUCGAUUACUACAGUGAAGGUUGAGUCGUGGAAAGGGGAAGGGAUAAGUGCUGUGGAGAGCAAUCUAGUAGAUAACUAUGAACAAAACUCUCGGAGGUUCAUGUCUCCAUACAUGGACCGCGUUCUUUCGUUUCCGCUGUGCCGGUUAAGAGGCAGUGUCUAUCUUACUCUUUACUCUGAUAAUCAGAACUUGUAUGAACGGUCACUCGAUUCUACAUGA